AAAAUCUACACCGAAGGGCAGCAGUUGCAGCCUGAUCUACGUUCUAGGACAGAAGACAGUUACCCCACCCGCAAUUUUUAGCGCAUCCUGCGGAAGAGUAUCUCAUGAGGUUUCGAGAUUAAUAGCUGUCAACUUGAAGAUGUGAACGGUCUCCAAUACCUCUCGGCGAGGCCGCUGCCUCCCGAAUCGGUGCUGCGCGCCGAGCUUACUCAAGCCUUCGAAAUUGUCCCCGGAUCCGACGCGACAUCUUCAUAGCCAUGAAGGUUCGCGUGUACCUUGCAUCUGUUUGGUCAGUCCUCCUAUAUACGGUUUUGAAUGCUGGGCUGUACGCGUGCAGAACAAGCGAAAACUGGAGGUAUUUGACCACCACUGCUUGAGGACCAUUCUUCGAGUAAAAUACUCCGACUUCGUCUUAAAUGAGAAACUUCGCACUUGUGACAACCAUCCAAAGAUACCUCAUGCCAUUCAAAAAAGAUGACUACGAUGAUUUGGACACGUUCUUCUUCGUCCAACUUACGAGCUCAGUGUUGCUGCCCUGAACCUGGCACCGUUACCCACUUGGAGGUCAACUCCAAACCUGGCUUGACACAGUUCGUCAUCACAUUGAAGUGGUUCACGGACCUUUGGUAGUCGGUCUCCGUCGUUGACGAAGAGGAUAGGUUGAGCUGUCCAUAUCUGCUGCCGCGGAUCAUAGCACGUGGAGAAGUGCACAGUCCGUGACAUCAUCUACACGUAUUACAAUCUCGUGCUGCAAUAGGUAGACACUCGCGGAUCGGACAUGCCAAUGCGGUACUAAUUGUGACUUAACGGCGCAGCAGCAGCUUAGAGGUUGCUGCUAUGAGAUUAGCACAGGAGACACGAGUGAAACGCGUUGUCCUCCACUGCGUCCGAUUUCCGAUCGAUCUGGCUCUGUCCAUUGAAGCGGGAGUUGAUAAUGGCUCUGAUCUUGCGCCAUCCGUUUUUUACUUCGAAAAAAGAUUGUGUUCUGUUAAGCCAUCGCGAGGCCUUGAAAGUCAUCACUUGGAUGGGGCGACGCAGGAUGAGGCAAAGACAGAGUUCCGAAUAACGCGCUAGUAAACCAUCUAGACACUAACGGAAGAGCGUAGUUAUAAUUUGUCGUCUAACUUUAUAACUAACGCGAUCGGUAUCCAAAGUUUCAGUAACCCUGUGACGAUGGGUAUGAGGAAAAGCCUUCAUCGCGGGAGAAUCGUGCAACAGAGGUCUCACACCAUUGGCAGAGUCUUGCAACUGCAAAAGUCCCCUUAAGUAAUUAUUGUAUUUGAACCGAGGAACCUAAAAUGUUUUACGUGGCAUGAAUGUUACUAUUCGGGAGACAGAAACCAAAAAGGACUGCAAACGACCACGAACCACUGGCGUUCUUCCCGACGUAGCAAUCAUUGGUAAACAGUGGCCGAGUAAACGGCAUUAUUAUCAGUAGCGGAAGUGGUAUAAGCAGCAUUAUAAGUAAUAGCAGUGACAUCCAUAGUAGUGGCUGUAGUAUUAGUAGUAUUAGUAUUAGUAGUAGUAGUAGUAGUAGUAGUAGUAGUAGUAGUAGUAGUAGUAGUAGUAGUAGUAGUAGUACCCAAUAUUGUGUCUUAGGUACGUCUUCUCCAAAUUCAUCGCAAUGUAGGUACGGCAUUCGAGGAAACGUCUUCCUCAGACAGCCCGAUGGUCGCGUCGCCUGGGCUAGUAAUGGCACCAAAAAGGGUGACCCCGCCAUCACCUGGCUACCCGCGGACUCCUGCGAAAUCCUACGAACCACCUUCAUACCAGAUGUCAGCGUCAGCGGCAACAGCACUGGUGGCACACUGCCCUGCGAUCAGCUGGAAGUCGUCCGCUCGGGCGCCCACGGCGGGAAGCAAUUCUAUCGCAUCUUUGAUCACGUGAUGGUAUACAUCACUGUCUCCGCCUCCACAGCUCACGGUCUCAGCCUACGACUGGACCUUCAUGCCAGAGUGCCGAUCUCGGCUGCGGGUAGAAAACAACCAAAGGACGGCACCGCCGCCCCCACUAUGGACUUGAAAGUUCGUGCCGACGAGGAGAUGAUUGAAGUAAGUCACUGGCAUCCUAGUUCAGCACCUUGUCGGUGUGUUUUAUUCAGCGUGUUUUGUAUUUUUUUUCAUACAAGGCUGCCUUUUACUCCGCCACGGGCAACUCCAUAUUGUGUAAAAACUACUUUGAAAGGUCCUACGGGGGCUGUCGUAUGAUGUACCCAAGCCGUCUAGGUCGUCUUCACUGCCUCCAUGCCGCUACAACCAAUCGCCGUGUUCGAGCCGUCAGGAUGCCGGCUUUUGAACGAGCUCCUUAUCGACCGCUUAAAUAAACUACAUUCCGUAAAAGAUGAUUACCUAAAUAGCAGGAAUUACUCCAACUGGUUUUCGAUGCCCCUGUAAAUUUAUAUAAAAUAUGCACGAAAUCAUUCUUUCUUUUACUCGCUCGGCAACAAAUCACGUCUUCAAAUGUUAUACUUGGUGAGAGCAUAUUCCUCGGUUUAAAAAAAACUAUCAGUUACUGAAUAGUACUGAAACCGACCUGCCGUUACACUUAUAUCCAGAGUUUCCGAACAACAAGCUGCAUACUUUUCCUGCGAAAAAUAACACAGUUCUAUAUGAUAUUAUAAGGAGAAAAUGUAGGGCUCAUAAAUUUCUGCAAUGGAAUAUGGACCACGUUGUCCCUUUUAUGACCAACGAUGCUGCAUAAUUGGGCAUUUCACGGUCACGAGAAAUCUCCUAAUAGGAAACUUUUUCAGACUGAAAGAUACUGUUUCUUCGAGCUUAAAGUUUAAAGAAGACUUGAUUUGCUACUUUGGCUUUAUCAGUGACGUCGCUACCUGGGUGUGGAUGGCGGGGAGUCCGGCACACCGACAGCCUUGUAAAAUGCCUCACAGCACUACGACAUGGCGACCGUCUACCAGCAUUAAAUACUUUUUCUUACAUCCGCUGCCUUGGGGUUAGGUUUUUCCGCCAAAUGGCUAGAGGAGACAACCUCGAACGAAUAAUCUAAACCACUGGUUGAGACCCACCUGUACUCAUCGUUCCCGAGAAACCUCACGAAAAAUGUGUCCGAUCAGGUUAUUGCACGCUAAGACGGACUCGAAUUGUUGUUGUCAAGGGUUUUGCUCCUCCCCCCUACUCCAUCCGCCUGCCCGGUUGAGUCGUGGCUUGCUGGAUGGGACGGUUUAGUUAGGCGGAUGGGCGUACGCAUUCAGGUUUGGACGUCAGCAUCUUUCUUUCCGAUCACUCGCCUAAGGUCCCAAGAUUAUGCUCGACGGCCGAUGAGAAGUCCUAGCCUUGUGGGCAGCAACACUUGGCAUGUGGUAAUAUCGCUUUUGACCGUAGCCCAUUGAUGGUUGGUUGAUUCUCCAGAACGACGUCCAUUCGCUUUUGAAGAUGUUGCCGCUGCAGGGUCCACGACUUCCUAUUCAUCACACUCGGUAGUUGUCUCACUCUACAGCUGGACUUCACUAAAGGUCGUUUUACUAUCUACCACCUGCAGACGCGACGCGUUUUCGGUGCAAUCACGUUUUCCGUUACUCAAAACCCUUUGUCAUGUCACUUUUGCCCUCGGAGAAGGAGAUACGAUCGCUGGAACAAGUGCUUUAUUAGCGUGACGUUUCGGAUUCUCACUGGAACCCGACCCCAGAGACAGAGUCAAAUAAGCGUGUAGCGGCUAUGAGGUGAUAGUGUACGCUCAGUACGCCACAACUGCAGGCUAUAUCCCAAGUUGUUAGAAGCAGGGCGCCAUUUGGUUAGGACACUUUAUUCUAUACAGAAUAGUGAAGGGGGAAGUUGGCAACCGGAUGAGGAUGCGUCCGGUGCCGCGGAGGCGGCGUCCGCGAGAGCGACGAGCCGUGUGUCGCCGAAGGUCGCCGCUGCAAAAGUGUCGUUGCAGGUUGUUUACUCUAUUGUUCUGGACUGUUCCCGCCUGUCUUACCAAUCAGCGACAGGAGUUACGUUGAUUGGCUCCGAGCCCACGCGAAGGUAGUGACAAGCCUCGCGUGGUGCAGACAGAGAAUCGACCGAAUGCGUGGUGCAGACAGUGAAUUGCACCAAGACAAAUCGAAGCCGGACAGAUGUGCGUGCCAUAGCAGGUUGUCGCUAGGACGUAGGUGCAGGCGCUAGCGAGAAGCGCAACGUAGCCAUUAUGGCUGUCCACUACAAGCGUAAUGGAUUGCCCAGGUGUUGCAAUAUUUAUAGGUUGUGUUUGCUAGGUCGCUACAUGCCUAUCACAGUUGGCAGCUCCCGAGUGCAUCACAGUUCGACUGGCCUAUAAAUAUUGCAACACCUGGACAAUCUACUACCCUUAUCUGACUCCGUCUCUGGUGAGGGAUUCUAGUGAGAAUCCGGAACGUCAGGCUAAUAAAACACUUGUUUCAGCGAUCGUUUCUCCUUCUCCGCGACUACUUCCUGUAAUUCGCCAUUUAGCUGCGUUAACACGUUCCUUAUAACCAGAUGGCCAGACAGACCGCGCACCGGGCGGUUAACCUUACUCUUUCCAUUCCUUUGACAGAGCGUGCGGACACUGAAUUCAGAACGAAAGCGCAAACGUGUUGGCGACGGUGGCGACGCGGAUGAAGCUGUAGCUGCUGCCAAGCUCGCCAUGGAAGGUGAAUUCGCCACCGAGGAUGAAAUCGCGCAACAGAACGCCCUCAUUGCCCAACUGCACUCCGCGUCCUCUCCAUACCAUCGAUUCCGGAAGAUUUUGACCGCUGCUGCAGGCGGCGGUGAAGACGACAAUGUUAUGCCGGACGCUUGA